CAGGGGAUCUUCUCUGGAUCAAGCUAUGGUGAAAAAUGUUUCGGAAAGGCAAAAAACGACACAGCAGUAGCAGUUCCCAAAGUAGUGAAAUCAGUACUAAGAGCAAGUCUGUAGAUUCUAGCCUUGGGGGUCUUUCCCGAUCCAGCACUGUGGCCAGCCUUGAUACAGAUUCUACCAAAAGCUCAGGACAAAGCAACAAUAAUUCAGAUACCUGUGCAGAAUUUCGAAUAAAAUAUGUUGGUGCCAUUGAGAAGCUGAAACUCUCUGAGGGAAAAUGUCUGGAAGGGCCACUAGACCUGAUAAAUUAUAUAGAUGUUGCCCAGCAAGAUGGAAAGUUGCCUUUUGUUCCUCUGGAGGAAGAAUUUAUUAUGGGCGUUUCCAAGUAUGGUAUAAAAGUAUCAACAUCAGAUCAGUAUGAUGUUUUGCACAGGCAUGCUCUAUAUUUAAUCAUCCGGAUGGUGUGUUAUGAUGAUGGUCUGGGGGCAGGAAAAAGCUUAUUGGCUCUGAAGACCACAGAUGCAAGCAAUGAAGAAUACAGCCUGUGGGUUUAUCAGUGCAACAGCUUGGAACAAGCACAAGCAAUUUGCAAAGUUUUAUCCACUGCUUUUGACUCAGUAUUAACAUCUGAGAAAUCUUGAAUUCUGCAAUCAAAUGGAAGUCAACUUCAUCUGGAAGUUCGGCUGUUUUCUCAACAGUUGUUUUCAAUCUGUAAUGCUGAACUGUUACGGAAAUACGCAGUGAGCCCUUGCUCUAGAUUUUCUGAAGAACACGCAACAUAUAAAAGCGAUCAUUUGUUUUUAUAUUAAAAUGUGUUGUAUCAUACAGUGAGUUUACUCUCAA